AUGGCAGGCAAUAUCUUCGGCGCCAACGCGGGUGCUGCAACCGACGCUCAUCUGCACGAGAAAGAAAAAACGGACACCAAUGACCCUGCCGUCUCGAUUUCUCGCGAGCCCCCGUCUGAAAUUUCCGAUGGCAAUCGUUCGAUCUACUUGGAUUCUAGCAUCACCUUCGAGAACUACGUCUACUGGGCUAAGCGGUCGCGCGAGAUUGAAAAGCACAUCUCGACUGACGAUGUGGGAUUUGCGCACUUGAGCAACAAGCUUUUUCGUAAAAAAAAGUCGGACGCUCUAGUGAUAAUGCAGGGAGAGAUUGAGGAACAGGAUGCCUCCGUCAUGAAGGAGUCCAGCAAACCUACCAACACAAUGAACGGCGCUAGCACAAGUGACAAUUGGGGCAUCACGGAGACAGAAUGGGAACAGGCACAGCGGGCCGCGCGAACUGCAACAUGGGGUUCGAUCUUCUAUCUCAUUUCCACGGACAUCCUUGGACCGACCAAUGUCCCCUGGGCAAUCAGUCAGAUGGGCUUCGGACCGGGAGCUGUACUUUACACUGUUUUCGGCGCCAUGGCUUGUUAUUCCGGCUUGCAACUGUGGAGGAUCUUCAUCGGUCUUGACUCGACUCGAUUCCCGAUGCGCAAUUAUGGCGAUAUGGCUUUCCGUAUCUACGGAGACUGGGCGCGCAUUUUUGUGAACGUCCUCCAAAGCUUCCAGUUCUUCCUCAAUGUGGCCCUGCUUAUUGUAAGCAACGGACAAGGGCUGGCGCAGAUGGCUGUCGGUGCCAAUGGCAAUGGGUUCCUUUGUUUCAUCGCUGCUGAGGUGAUCUUCAUGGCCAUCGGCUUUUUGCUCGGGCAGAUCCGUACCCUGCAGCGCCUUUCUUACUUGGCCAACAUUGCGGUCUGGCUGAAUGUCAUUGUCAUCAUCAUGACCAUGGUUGUGGUUCAUGAGUAUCCCCCUAACUACUCAGCCUCGCUGACUAGCUAUGGGACCCAAAAGGGACCCGUGCAGACAAGCGGGUACUGGCCUGCGAGCUCAACCCUCAACGACAAAGUCAAUGCUAUGAUGAACGCGGUUUUCGCGUACGGCGGUGCAACCCUCUUCAAUGAGCUCAUGGCUGAGAUGAGACGGCCCUAUGACUUCUGGAAGGGCUUUAUCAUUGCCGAGAUAUUCAUCUACGUUUGCUACCUUGUCUCGGGUAUGGUUGUGUAUAGUGCGCAGGGCCAAUUUACAUUCAAUCCUGCAUACCAGGGUAUUCCAAACUCUGCCUACAGGUUCCAGACUUUAGGAACGCCAUCUCAUUUAUCACCGGCGUCAUCGCAGCCUUGCUCUAUGGCAACAUUGUGGGUGUGGAUUGGUCUCGUGCCUGCCUACUGGGCUCUUGCCUGGGUGGUUGCCGCCGCAAUCCCGCAAAUCACCAAUCUAACAUCCUUCGUGGGAGCCGCCUGCAUCUUGCAGUUUUCUUACACGUUCCCACCAAUGUUGCUGGUUGGGUUCAACGUCCAGAAUGAUGCGAUACUGCCUGAUGAGAUCAAUUCGACAACCGGCCAGGUGCAGCGCAUAGACAGCGGAAUCAAGAGAUGGAUUAGAGGUUACAAGAAGAAGUUUGUGUGGAACACUUUUGAUGUAAUCUACUCGCUUCUUGCUUUGUCUGCCGCUGGUCUGGGAAUUUGGGCUUCGGUCACUUCCAUGCACACCAGUUUCGAGGAGGGUAAGCUGACCCAUUUCACUUGUGCGAACCCGGCUGGAUAG